AUGAUAGUGACAAAUUUGCUUGUUAAUGAUGCCACGCUCUCAGAACUGUGGAGACUUGCUGUUAUCAGAAUAACAGACCCAGUUACAAAGAAGACGAGAGAGGAAAGGGAUUUGGAAGCAAAAUCGCAGUUCCAAAAUUCUGUAUCUCUUAACAAAGAGGGGCGUUACGAAGUCGCACUUCCGUGGGCAGAGAAUCAUCUACCACUCCCCUCUCACAAGGAUUUAGCUUUGAAGCAUUUACAGUCUACCAACCAGAAACUUCUACCGCAAAAUUUAUUUUCCUCAUCCAAUGCAGUUUUUAACGAUUGGUGUAAUUUAGGGGUGAUCGAAGAAGUUAAAGAAAAUGUAGCUGCUGACCAUGGACACUAUUUGCCGCAUAGGACCGGUGAUCAAAGAAAAAUAGCUCAACGCCAAUUUGACUGGUUUUUGACGCGUCUGCGAAGAAACAAACAUUUCCCUCUUUAA